AUGGCCGCCCUCGCCCGCCCCCUCCUCGCCCUCCGAGCAGCUCGCCCACCAGCCCCCGCCGCCACGAGGGCAUUCUCCCGCCCAGCAUUCCUCAGACAGCAACAGCCGUCCGUCGCACCCUACAAGGAGCCAGUCGGUGUCAACCCCGCAGACAGGUCCCGCGCCGUCAGCACCCCCCUCCACGAGUACGGACAGUACAUCACCUCCUGCCUCCCCAAAUACAUCCAGCAGUUCUCCGUCUACAAGGACGAACUCGUCCUCUACAUUCCUCCCUCCGCCGUCAUCCCUGUCUUUACCUUCCUCAGGGACCACACCCAAUGCCAAUACAGGCAGAUAUCGGAUAUCACUGCCGUUGAUUUCCCAACAAAGGCCUACAGGUUUGAGGUCGUCUACAACCUCCUCUCUGUCGAGCACCAGUCCCGUAUCCGAGUCAAGACGUACGCCGACGAAGUCACCCCCGUUCCUUCCCUCUGUGGUCUCUACAAUGGCGCAAACUGGUACGAACGCGAAGUCUGGGACAUGUUUGGUGUCUUUUUCGAAGGGCACCCGGAUUUGAGGAGAAUCUUGACGGAUUACGGGUUUGAAGGUCACCCCCUGCGGAAAGAUUUCCCCUUGACUGGUUACUCUGAGGUGCGAUACGAUGACGAGAAGAAGCGUGUGGUGUACGAACCUCUCCAGCUUACUCAGGCUUUCCGAAACUUUGGUGACGCCGCUUCCCCCUGGGAACAAGUUGGUGGUGGUGACCCCACUACCCAGCCAGAAGAUUACAAGAUUCCUCCUCCCCCUCCCCCCAAGGAGGAGGAGAAGAAGUAGAUUGUCGGGUAGAGAUGCUGGGAUCGGGAUGUAUGGACUGUU